UUUUGUCAUACUUUAAAUGUUUUUUAAGAAAGAAAAUCACAAUCUUAUAUGCAUUUAACUGACAUAAUAUUAUAGGCUGCGUCACUGAACCAUAUGAAUAAUAACAACUGGUAUGUGGUGGAAGAAGUAAGUAUUCAAUCUAUUUACUUAUGUGAAAUGGUUAAUAAUUUGAAGAAACAAGGGUUAGGAUAGACUUAAGGAAUAGUUAUGUAUAUGUCAAAGGGGUUAACUUUUGGAAUGGUUGUGACAGGGAAAUAAAACUGUUGACCACUCUGUAAAUUAAAAAAAUAAAAAUAAAACAAUGUAGUGCAGAAAUAAUAAAUAAAUUACAAUAAACUACCACUAUAUUAUCCUAAAAAUAAAAAGAGUCCCGUUAGAAACAAGGGUGCAGUCCUGGGAAGUGUGGGUGUGCUGUGGGCUGUCCAAAUCUACACGUCAUCCAGUCCUCAUGGUGCCAAAGGCUGACCUUCUGUAAAGUUCCAGAAAGUCUGCUUGGGGUGCAGACUACUGCCGACUUCACUGAUUUAAUAACCCACAAUUCAUUGCAAUACGGACGUGACGUUAUUAAAAAAACGACAAAAAAAAAAAAAAAAAAAAAGCAAAAUACUUUCUGCAGCCUGAUAACCUCUAUAGGCUAUAGAUGGUAAUCAAAAUGCAUUGUAUUAUUGCAGAUAUAGGUUGUGCAGUGUAAUGCCAAAUAUAUAGAAAAUGGCCGAAAAACAACAAAAGCAUAUCUUCUGAUGUAACCACAAGGCCCACCCUAUUUAUUUAGUCAUAGCAGUACUUAUAAACAUCUCUGUAUUUGGAUGUCUGCAGCCUAUAUGUUGCACAGAAAUGUAUUUCACUCACAUUAUCUGCAGGGACAGAUGCGCAGACAUAAUAUAACGGCAGCGACCACCAUGUAAAUAACUGUAAUCGUCGCUCGAACGUUUCCAUGGCAACGAGUAAAACAGCCUGGAGCGCUGCAGAUUUUACGUGAUGACGGUGAACACGUCACAGUACUGCGAGGGUAGGUCCGCAGGUCCAGAUGGUGGAGGUUUGGGUGCAGCCUGGGACACCACGCAGUUGAUAUUAGCACCACUACAGUUUCACCAGAAUUGGUUUUUGGGGAAAUAACAAUGGAAUCGAAGUUAAAGAAAGAGUUGGGGACAUCCAUGCUGGAGUCAUGUGGUCAUGCAGGAGGUGGAUACAUUUGCGAGGGUCAGAGUUAUGAUACUGACCAUGGGAGGGUGUUUGUGAAGAUAAAUUACAAGAGCGAGGCCAAAUUGAUGUUUGAUGGGGAGAUGGCCAGUUUGGAAGCCAUUUUAAAGACAGAAACUGUUAAAGUCCCCAAGCCUGUGAAGGUGAUUGAGCUUGACACAGGAGGAUGUGUGCUUGUGAUGGAACAUCUGGACAUGAGAGGUCUGAGCAAGUACUCAAAGCACCUCGGAGAGCAGCUGGCAGACAUGCAUCUUCUCAACAAGAGACAGCUGGAAAAAUUAAAUAAAGAGCAGCAGACAGUGGGAAAAGGAGCUGGACAGUCAGAUGUGGCUGUUGUUGAGAAGUUUGGCUUCAGUGUAGCUACAUGCUAUGGAUUUUUUCCACAGAACAACGAGUGGCAGGAUGACUGGGUGACAUUCUUCUCACAGCAGAGACUGCAGCACCAGCUCAACAUGGUGGAGCAAUCUUAUGGAGACAGAGAGGCCAGAGAGUUAUGGGCCAAGCUACAGCUGAAAAUGCCUCUGUUCUUCAAAGAUAUAGAGGUUGUCCCUGCUCUCCUGCAUGGAGACUUAUGGGGAGGCAACAUGGCACAGUGUGCAGACGGCCCAGUCAUCUUUGACCCAUCCUCUUUCUAUGGUCAUUCAGAAUUUGAGCUGGGUAUUGCUGGAAUGUUUGGUGGUUUCAACAGUGCUUUUUACUCUGCUUACCAUGAAAAGAUUCCUAAAGCACCAGGCUUUGCACAGAGAAACCAGCUUUACCAACUCUUUAACUAUCUAAAUCACUGGAACCACUUUGGCGAUGAAUACAGGCGCCCUUCAAUAAGUGUUAUGAAGAAACUGCUGAAAUAAUUGCACUCACAGUCACUUCCCUUGCAUCAAACUAUUGAUGUCCAGCAGACUGAAACACUACAUACACUGACAAAAUGUUGUUGUGUUUUAAUUAAUUCAUGCAAUACUUAAUAACCGCCGCUUAGUCAACAGUAAAGCCUAGGAUGAAGUGAAAUGAUUGUCCUGCAAUGCUGCAUUUGUAGCCUGGUAUGAGCACUGCAGUCAAUGUGACUGAGACCUCCAUCAUCAUGAAGAACUCUCCACCCCUCUUACUGAUUGUUUGACCUCCUGCCACAAGAAUGAACACCAGCUUCUUCUCCCAGGCUGUUGUGCACCUUGCAUCCCAGCACUCACAUGCAACUUAGUAAAAUAAACAUACAUGUAUAAACCUA